UCUGCCUAUCGCCUAUCGCUCUGCUGGCUCGGAGCGUAACAAAUUAAAAUCAAUUGAAUCCAAUCAAAGCACCCAAUAUAGAAGCUAUAAGCACAGUUCUGGUCAGCAGAGGAUCUUCCCGAUAACAACGCAGAUAAGAUAAGCCCCUCAAACUCCCCCGACAGUUGAAAAAGCCGGCAGAAUGUGGCGACAACUCGGCGGUGUCGCACGAACGGGAAGCAACUUGAACUUCUGCAGGAUGCGAGGACUUUCGGCUUUGGUCCAGGAUAAGGCCUUGGUGGAUGGAGCGUGGGUGGAUUCGAGCAACUCCAAGGCAACUUUUGAGGUCCGGAAUCCUGCGAAUGGAGAGGUUAUUGGAAAAGUUCCCAACAUGACAGUGACCGAUGCCCAAAAAGCCAUAGAUGCAGCCAAGAAUGCAUACGAAUCCAAGGAGUGGCGGUCCCUGACGGCCAAAGAUCGAUCCAAUCUGCUCAAGAAAUGGCACAAACUGAUAGAUCAGCACUCGCAAGAGAUAGCUGAGAUUAUGACGGCGGAAUCGGGCAAGCCGAUAAACGAAUCCAAGGGGGAGGUGGCCUACGGAAACGCAUUUGUGGAGUGGUUCGCGGAGGAGGCCCGUCGCAUCUACGGUGAGAUUGUGCCCAGUGCUCAGCCCAACCGGGAGAUCAUUGUGAUGAAGCAGCCCAUCGGAGUGGCGGCCUUGAUCACUCCCUGGAACUUUCCGAUGGCAAUGAUCACACGAAAAGCAGGUGCAGCCUUGGCCGCAGGAUGCACGGUGGUGGUGAAGCCCUCGGAAGAUACUCCUCUCACAGCACUGGCCGUGGCUAAACUGGCAGUGGAUGCAGGCAUCCCAAAGGGAGUAAUUAAUGUGGUGACCACCAACCAAGCAGCUCCCAUUGGUGAUCUAUUCUGCAAGAGUCCCGAUGUGAGAGGCAUUUCCUUCACAGGCUCCACAGAAGUGGGCAAGCUGCUGUUCCGCAACUCUGCUGAUGGUAUCAAGAGGAUCUGCCUCGAGCUGGGCGGCAAUGCUCCCUUCAUUGUCUUCGAUUCGGCCGACAUCGAUAAGGCGGUGGAUGGAGCCAUGGCUUCCAAGUUCAGGAACUGCGGACAGACCUGUGUUUCUGCCAACAGAUUCUUCGUCCAGGAUGGCGUCUACGAUAAGUUCGUGGAGCGAUUGAAGAAGCGCGUAGAGGCCUUAAAGAUCGGCGACGGCCAGGGAUGCGAUGUGCAAAUUGGACCACUGAUCAACGAAAUGCAGUUCAAGAAAGUCAGUGGUUUUGUGGAGGAUGCGAGGUCUAAAAAGGCGAAUAUUCUGCUGGGAGGAAAACCGCUGAGCGACAAAGGCUCCCUUUUCUACGCACCCACAAUUGUCGCAGAUGUUCCACCUUCCGCUCAACUCUACACAGAGGAAGUCUUUGGCCCCGUAGUUUCUAUCAUCCGUUUCCGGGAUGAGGAGGAGGCUGUUAAGAAGGCCAACGACACCAGGAGAGGACUGGCCGGCUACUUCUACAGCGAGAACCUGCAGCAGGUGUUCCGGGUGGCCAAGCGAUUGGAGGUUGGCAUGGUCGGAGUGAACGAGGGCAUCAUUUCCGCCGCCGAGGCUCCAUUCGGCGGAGUCAAGGAGUCGGGAGUCGGACGGGAGGGCUCCAAGCACGGCAUCGAUGAUUAUGUGGAUAUCAAGUACAUUUGCAUGGGCAACCUUAAGUACGAUUGAGGUUCAACGGAUCAGUCACUUCCGCUGCUUUCAUAUGCUGUCUUCCAUUAGAAUGCGAUUUGUUGAAUGUUUCAUAGUUAAUUUAUAAAUCCACGCCGCUAUUUUAAUAAAUGUGCACAAAAUCGA